CUUCCCUCGUUUUCUGCUCUCCUUUUAACCCCAUCUCUCUCUCUCUCAUCGCGCCUCCUUCACCCUAAUCUCCAGAUCCCCAAUCGGAAACCUCAUCGGCACUCCGAUCUUCUCGACGGACGGCGGCCUUGAGAUCUCGGGCAGAUCGUGAGGAUGCGGAUGGAAUCGAUCGAGACUGAGGGUUUUGGUCUUCGAAUCUCUGUGUUUUGAUUUUAAUUUUUUUUAAAUUUUUUUUGGAGAUUUUUGGGGGAGUUGAUGUCUGGUGGUCGGGGAAGUGGGAAUCGGGGGUCGCUGACGCAGAUCGCGCAGUCGAUGAGCCGCCGCACGCCGUUCCGGCCGCCAUUUGGGAAUAUCGAUGACUAUCAUCGGUUCUCCGGCGGGGAUGAGCGGCGGUUAGCUGCUGGGGAGGUGGAGUCGGAUACCAUCGUUAUUAAGACGCCUUUGAAGCGAAAGCCUGAAGUGGAAGACACUGAAGUAGCGGAAUCAAGUGAAUGGACGCAUAGUCCUGGAUAUGCUGAAACAAACAAUAAUCCAAUGCUCACACCAGUUUCAGGCAAGGGAGGUAGGAUUUGUGGCAGGUCCAAGGUUUCAAAGUAUAGUAAAUCUGGGCCCCAAACUCCCAUUUCUGAUGCAGGUUCUCCUGCCGGCAAUCCUCUAACCCCGGUUGGCACGUGCCGUUAUGACAGUUCUCUAGGGCUAUUGACGAAAAAAUUCAUCAGUUUGCUUAAACAAGCACCGGAUGGUAUUCUUGAUUUGAAUAAUGCAGCAGAAACUAUAGAGGUGCAGAAGAGACGGAUAUAUGACAUUACAAAUGUUUUGGAAGGAAUUGGACUAAUUGAAAAGAAACUCAAGAAUAGAAUACGUUGGAAGGGUCUUGAUGAUGUGAGACCAGGUCAUGCACAUGAUGAUGUUUCAAUAUUACAGGGACAGGUUGAAAAUCUUUCACUGGAAGAGCGUAGCUUAGAUGAUCGUAUAAGUGAAAUGAGAGAGCGAGUAAGAGAGCUCUGUGAAGAUGAAAAUAACCAAAAAUGGCUUUUCGUGACUGAAGAUGACAUAAAGGGUUUACCCUGCUUUCAGAAUGAAACCUUGAUAGCCAUUAAAGCACCCCAUGGCACUACCUUGGAAGUUCCAGACCCUGAUGAGGCCGGUGACUAUCCCCGUAGGAGAUAUAGGAUUGUCCUUAGAAGUAGCAUGGGUCCAAUAGAUGUCUAUCUUGUGAGUCAAUUUGAGGAAAAGUUUGAGGAGAUGAGUGCCGUUGAGACGCCUCGAAGUGUACCGCCUGCAUCAAAUUCAGCAUCUGCGGAGAAGUCAGUAGCACCUAUGGUCACGGAAGACAUCAGAGGGAAUGAAGCAGAAGAACAUGCCCAUGACGCUCAGAUGAUGUGCACUAAUGGUAGUGCUUCCGAUGACUACAAUGGUGGUAUCAUGAAAAUUGUUCCUUCAGAUGUCGAUACUGAUGCCGACUACUGGCUUUUAUCAGAUGCUGGAGUUAGCAUUACAGAUAUGUGGAAGACUGCACCGGAGGUCCCAUGGGAUGGAAUGGGCAGACUUCAAUCAGAGGAUUUCAUGGACGGCAGUGUUAGCACGCCUCGGGCAGGAACUUCAUCAUCAGGUGUUGUUGAAGUCCCAUCUUGCAUGCAGAACACUAGCACCAGUGAAACAUUAAGAUAGAUUGCAGGAAGUUACAUGAAAUCAGUUAUCUAACUUCCAUUCCAUGCUCCUUGCUGAUGAGAGGCUAACUAGUCAACCAAGCUCCUCAAUGUGCUGAUAUUACCAUUGUCAAUGAGUCAUCUUCCUCAUCAGGCAACAAAAUUUGAAAGAGGUAGAUAACUGGUUGCUAGAUCAGAGCAUUGGAACGUACAUAAUGAGAGGCUAAUUUAGUAUGGCAUCAUAUUCAUAAAUCACUCAAAAGUGUUGUUACAUUACAUGCGGCAUUCUUGUUAAAUAUCAUGCAGUAGAAUCUAAUGAAGCUAAGUUUCAUAUCUUUAUUUGUA